AAAGAAAAAAAGAGAGAGAGAGAACCCAAUCGAAAGAUCUCAAACGUCCAAUGUCCGCCGCAAGAUCCGUCUUCCGCUCCGCGGCAAGCAGAGCAUCCGCCGCCGCGUCAAGAUUCUCAACCGGACCCAAACCUAUGCCGUCGUCUUCUCGACCCGCGUUUCGGAUGCCUAAACAGAGCCCUCUUUCGAACCGCAUUUUCAGGUCUCCGGUUGAAUUGAGCUGCUGCGUGGAGACGAUGCUCCCUUACCACACGGCUACUGCUUCCGCUUUGCUUAAUUCGAUGCUCUCUGCUUCACGCCGUGGUUGGAUCGUUGAAGGUCUAGACGAGACUAGAUGAAGAUCUUUCAACACAAAUGAUAUUGCAAUGAUGAUGUAUGAUGAAUUACUAAGGAGAGGUCAGCGAUGCAUGCAGUCUUAAGCCAAGAUGGAUGACUCUCCUUCUCACCAUUGCAGUAAAACAGGAAGAUUUGUUUAAGAGUUUUAAGACCACUUGUGUUGAUUCUUAAACCAUAACAACAAAUGUUUCUGCAAAUGUUUUUUUUUGCUAUUACUUUAUAAAAGAUCCAAGUGCAUUGUUGAAUCAGUCUCCUUCAUCCCAUCGCCUGUAUUGUAGGUCGUUGUAGUUUGUUGGCAAUUGAAGUUAUUUUAUCAUUGAUGAAUAAAUCGACGUCUUGGUAAUA